AUGCAACUGAAGCUUAAUGAUUUCAAAGAGCAGAAGGAAAGCAUGAGUGCACUGUAUCUGGUCGGUCUCUUGAUACGUCGUCGAUUGAUGACUUCCAGCAUACCAGGAUCUAUCCAGACUCCUUCAAUCCCUAAGAAACAUUUCAAAUAUCGUGACAAUUCUUCUGCACAUGGUCCAAACCCAGUUGCAGAUGCACUUGCUGUUCUUCGUCCGUCCCUGUUCAAGUGCAGGGAAAGCUUUUCGGAACACUAUAGGGACAUUUAUGGUAUUGACCCUAGUGUCAUCACUGCGAAUUCAUCAUCUCGCAGUUUUGUUCAACUGGCAAAGAUACAUGGUAGCUUCAAACUUUAUCUGCCUCUAGACUUGAAGUCUGAGAGGGACUGGAACUAUGAGCAGCUGCAAUAUCGAGUGGCUUUGCUUAUUUCUAAAGCUGCGGAUGCUAAAGUAUGCAAGGAGCUUGAAGAAUUGGACGAGAUCGUAUUUUACGCGGACCAAAAAAAAAUCUAUCGGCGCCAUAGAUAA